GUAGUGAUGUGGAUUGGUCCCUACCAGAUCGUGAAAGCCGAUACGCCCUCUUUUGUGGUCAGACACUUUGCUACGGGAGCAUGGAUGGAGGUACAUGGCUCGAGACUGAAGUACUAUGCAGACAAGGACUUCGAAGUGACAGAAGAAGUUCGAAAACACGUAGCAACUCAAGGAAUUGUACUGGCUGUGUCUGAGUUGAAGGGGCAUCACUGGUGCCCAAAGAAAAAGGACUACGAGGUUCUAGUGGCCUGGAAGAGACUGGAGCCGAUCGAGGACUCGUGGGAGUCCGUACGAUCCUUAUUUAAGGAUAUACCAGUCCUGCUGCGAGCGUAUGUGUCACGUGCGGCAGACACAGGGCUGACAAAGUACAUUGAAAGGGCGUCGAGAUUUGCGCCAAGCUGA